UGCCAGUGCGAGGCUGAGCACAUUCCACCAUUCAAGUUGAACUGCCAGUGAACGUCGACAGCUGCGAGCCACGAUAUCCCAACGCAUUAUCCCAGGCAAGGCGGCAGCUCAGGCAACGGCAAUGUCUGGUGAUAAUUUGUCUCCCCUUCCGGAAUCCUCUCGCCCCGAAUUGUCGAGGACAACGACGACUCUGACUGCACGCGAUGUGCUGUUACAGGCUAAGAAGAACACGGUGCUCAAAUCCCACGGCAGGCCACCUUGGUAUGGAGAGGAUGGCCACAGAAUCUCUGAUGCGUUCGUCAUCGGUAUUGCUGGAGGAUCCGCCAGUGGCAAAACGCAUGUCGCGCGCCGUAUAGUUCAGUCUCUAGGAUCUAUUCCGACUGUCGUCAUUAUGUCUCAAGAUAGCUUCUACAAGCGGCAUACGGAAGAGGAAAUCGAACUGGCCUUUGCAAGCCGCUAUGACUUCGAUCAUCCUGACGCAAUUGACAUGCCGCUGUUCGCGUCCUGCCUGGCGGAUCUGAAGGCUUGUCGACAAACGAACAUCCCCAUCUACUCCUUCACAGAGCAUCAGCGUCUUGACGAGACCAAGUAUCUCUAUGGAGCAGCAAUUAUCAUUGCGGAAGGCAUCAUGGCCUUGCACGACCCCGCCCUUAGGGCGUUGUAUGAUCUGAAGAUUUUUGUACAAUGCGACUCAGACCUGAUGCUCGCCCGCCGUAUCAAGCGCGACGUGACAGAACGCGGGAGGAGCGUUGACGGAAUCCUCGAACAGUACUUGCGUUACGUGAAGCCCUCCUACGACCACUUCGUGCAGCCAACUUCUCGGUAUGCCAACAUAAUCGUACCCGGAUCCGACAAUGCCGUGGCCAUCGACAUCAUCUCGACGCAUAUACGAAGACAGUUAGACGAGCGGGCAACUCAGCUUCGGCAGCGUUUGGCUGGAGCUGUCCCUCGCGAGCUCGUCGCCCACGGUUCGCCCGACCUAAGCAGCUCGAGUCUCAAUAUCACCCAGCUACCCCAGACACCACAGUUGAAGGGUAUACUGACCAUCCUGAGGGAUGCUGAGACUUGCCGCGGGGACUUUAUCUUCUUCAGUGACCGACUUGCGACGCUUCUGGUAGAGAAGGCGACAGAGUUGCUGCCAUACCGCCCGAAAGCCGUCAUCACUCCCCUCGGCGUCGAAGCACAUGGUAAACAAGUAGAUGUCCAGCAUCUGUGUGGAGUGUCCAUCUUGCGAUCAGGAGGGCCCUUGGAGCGGGGUCUCCGGAGGGUAAUCAACGACAUCCCUAUCGGCUCAAUGCUAAUACAGUCGGAAGCCGCAUCAGGGGAGCCUCUCCUGCUCCACCUCCAGCUUCCCGUUUGUGUCCGCCAGCGUCACCUCGCCCAGAACACCUACGUCUUCCUCGUAGAUGCCCAGAUUGGUACGGGCGCGGCGGGCUUCAUGGCCAUCCGCAUGCUGCUCGACCACGGCGUCCCGCAGGACCACAUCAUCUUCGUGACCUUCCUCGUCGCCCGCUGCGGCGGCAUCUCCGUCCUCCAGCGCGCAUUCCCCAACGUCAAGAUCGUGUGCGGCGCCGUGGACGAUCACCUGAGGGAGAUGUGGCUCGAGGGCGUCGAUGAGGACGAACAGCCUGCAGAGGGUCGGAAGGUCUGGGUGGUCGAGCCGGGGAUGGGUCACAUAGGAGAUCGUUACUACCUCUAG